CUGCCAGAGAACAUUGCCAAUCUCAUAACAGCCUCCUUAGAGCUACUGUGUUAUUUUGAACUAUUUCCACACUGCUUCCUGCUUUGCGCUGUGAACACAGUCCGCAUCUCUCUGCUGGGAUCUCAGCGACGCUACAAUAAUUAACAUAUUGAUGACUUUGCUGCAAGAGUUGCCCAUUGCACCCAGCAACACAGUAAUCUAUAAGCCAGCGCUGUCUCAACAUCUCUCAGCACUGGGGGAGUCAGAAAUUAACUAGAUGAUUCUGUUCUGACUGGAGUGGAGUGUACUGAAUGUCCUUGAAACUUUAUGAAAAUCCUGUACUAGCAGGAAGCUCUCCAAAAACAGACCAACAAUAAUCUGCAUUUCCAUAGCACCUUCCAAAGCACUUCACAGGUGUACCGUCAACAAAAUUUGACACCGAGCUGCAGAAGCAGCUAUUGGCUUCAACACAGCCACUUUCUGCUCAAAAAAAGUCCAACAGUUUGAGAAAGAGUGAACAAUAAAUUUGUGAAGAUUUAGGAAAGUGAGCACAACAGUGUGCCAACAAUUUGACAUCUUGGCUUGUUGGGAUUCCAACCAAUCCAAGAAAAACAUGACAGAGGUCAAAGGUGACCAGGAAAUGACCAAAGAAGGAUUAGAAGAACAUCCAGUUGAGACAUCGACUAGUGCAUGUGAAAAUCAAGAUGUGCCAAAGAAGGAAGAAACGGAAAAUCUCACAAUAAACGAAGGAUCAUUUGAGACGAGCAAAGCAACUGAAGAAACAUUGACUACGGAGGUACAACAGGCAGAAGCAGACAGCGCUGAGAUUACUGUUGAAGAACAAGUGACUGAAAGGAAUGAAGAUGUUGGAGGCAAAGUAGAAUCAGGUCUCAAGACAAGACAUGAAAACACAGAAUUUGAAGAGACUAUUUCAGUGGAGACUGCAACAGAACAUGAAGAAACCUCCCUCAUGCCUGAUAUUGAACUUACGACAGAACAAUCAGAUCAAGACCCAAGUAGAGAAGAGCUGCCUAUUGACAAUAGAUCUAUAGAAGAUGGUCAAAUUCAUCUCCAUGAAUCAGAAGGCCAGGGCUGCAGAGAGGAGGCUGAAGCAAUAAUGGCAAUGGAAAACAUUGCACUCUCUACUUUUGUGGAUGAAUCAAUGGGAGAAAACGUUCAAGAAUGUGAAGAUUCCCAAGCACAAUGUGCAGUUGACGAAGAAAGAUUCAAAACCGGAGGAAAGGCAGAAGAGAGUCCAAAUGGUUUACAGGGUGCAACAGAUUUUUUGGUUCAAGCAGGGCCUGAACGUGACUGGCAGGAAGGCUCUGAUAGUACCAAUAAGACUCUUGUGGGUGUGAACAAUAGUGACAAGACAGAAGAAUGCUGUAUAAAUGCCAAAUAUAUUGCAGGGCAGACCAAGUUGUUCGUGUACUCAGAUAUUGGUAAUGGCUCAAUGAUGGCUAGUUUGGGCAAUGGUAAGUCAAGUGAAGGUGCCAUGUUGCUGACGGAAACACAAGGAGGAGUGGCUGAAGCGUGUGUGUGUUAUGAUGAAGAGCUGCCAACAGAAGUCAAAACUGGACAGAAAACCCCAGCAAACACACAUGAGACUGUCUUGAAAAUAUCAGAAAACACUGAUGCAGAUUUAGAAAUCCAAACCAAAAGCAUUGAAAAACUGCGACAAACUUCUGCCAAGGGUUCUGAAGAAAUUCAAGAUACUUACCCACUGCAUGCUCCAAUAUGCUCGGGAUAUCUUUCAGAAUACCUCGAAAAUUCUGCUGAAAACCAAGGCACAGAUUUUGACCCAUCAGCAGAAAGAACAAGUGAAAUUCCAGUCAGCACAUCAGAUAAUCCAACUGAAAAACUGGCAGUUGCUGAAGAACAAGCAACAUCAAAUGAUUCUGCACCCUCUCCAGCGACUGAAAUAAUGGAAAAGACGGAAGAGCAUGAGCCCAAAGGAGACAAUUUGACUGAAUCCGUCCAAGCCAUGGAAUUACUAUCAAAAACCCCUGGGGAGAAUGCAGGAGUCAGCAAUAUUGGUCUGGAACAACAGUGCAAGACAGGAAUAUCAAAAUCUGAGAAUCAAGGUACGCCCGAGCUAACAGAACCAGGGGACAAUCAGAUGACAGUAGCAGGUGAACAAUAGGUACCUGGCAUUUCUGAGCCUUUGUGGCAUUUAAACAUAGCUUAAACUGAUUUGUUGAUAGAAUGCUAGAACUAAAUUUAAAUGAAAACAUUUUCAAAUGCUUCUGAUAAUACAGCAAGUUAAUUAAAGAUGAUGAUUCUCAAUUAUAGCUCAGUACAUGAAUGAUGGUAUUCAUUCCAAGUGAAAACCUAAUUGUAAAGAAAGUAAAGCUUCCUUGUGGCUCCUGUACCUGGGUGAAAUACCACAUUACUAACACAACAACCUGGAGUUUAUAACAGAGGUACUGGAGAGAUUGUCAGCCACCAAAAACCAUCUGCACACCCCAUCUUAUUAUGCUGUAAAUCAGACAGAAGUUUCAGCUGUCAGCAUACGUGUGGUCGAACACGGACAUCUGGGAUCUGCUGCCCAAUGUGACGUGUUCCUCCACUCCACAUUGUGCAUUUCAAUUGUGAAUGGCUUGACAAAGGGCAUGAACUUACGAUACCUGUCAGUCAUCCAUUAAACAGACCAUAUGAAGGUUGACUACUCUGUUUUGUUUUGAAAUAGCAUACUGUCUUAAUUACCAACAAACAGAAUUCCAAAUUCAAAGCCGGAGAAGUAUAAGUGUGGAGCCACAAUCCUUCUAAAUUUAAUUGUUGCUUGAGAUUGCAAAAGACAUUUCUUUCAACAAUUUUACCAACUCACUUUAUCCAGUGUCUUUUUCGCUUUGUAAAAAAAAACCUACAGUACAUAAUUUAAAAUUGAAUUAAAAUGUUUCAAUUUAUAUUUCCUGUUUUAGGGGGAGUAUUUCUCACUAAAUAUUCUUCAAAUUGAUUUGAUGGAAGAAUUGUUCUGUUGCUUGCCACAUUAGAGAUGAAUGGUCAGUAAAUUUACAUUAGGCAGAAAAACCUAUGCAUUUCAAAUUCUAUUUUGCAUUACUGUGCUUAAAACAUAGAAUUAAUAAAAAAUCCUGCAAAGUACUGCAGCUGCUGGACAUGAUACUUACCUGCAAAGAGAGCUUAACAGCGUAAUUGAUUAUAUAAAAUAGUCUUAGCCUUCUGAUGGCUACAUCCAUGUAUUUAAUUUUUAUGAUUUAAAAAAAAAUCAAUAUUUUAUGUUGCAAGCUCACGCUACAUAUAAUUUGUGUUGAAACCCGUAGGACUGUAUGACAGCGUAGCAGUCAUGUUACUGGAUUAGAAAUCUUAAGGCACAGAAUCAUGGCCCCAAGAGUUGAAACGACAACUGGAGGAGAAUUUAAAUUUAAUUCAAUAUAUAAAUCUGAAAUGAAAACCAAGUCUCAGUGAUGGCAAGCCUAAAAUCCUCAGAUGCCAUAAAACCUAGAUAGUUCACUACUGACUGAGGAAGGGCUAUGUAAUUCCAAACUCUCUGUCUUAUGGUUCACUCAAGUGACCUCAUAGGAUCAAACAGAAGAGGCUCUGCUGCCCAUCACGUCUGUGCCAUGGACUAACUUUCUAAACUCAGUUCCAUUUGAGAAGGUAGCUCAUCACUGCCUUCUCACAGACAGUCAGAUAAUUCCAAAACCUGGACAAUUUUUUAAAAAAAUAUUAAAACAUGCUAAGUUAAAUAAUGUCUGAUGUAAAAUCAAGAGCAGAGAUCUUUCAGAUAUGACGUACAACAGAUAUGCUACAACAAGGAGGACCAUGGUACAAAGAAGUGGAAGAUGGGGACCAUCUGAAGAGCAGAACUCACCUGACUGAAAUGUCUGUAUGUCCUGCAAAGGAUCCUUUUGUAACCUCAUUCUGGGGGCCAUGUAUGACUUAACCCUAAUAAAACUUCCAAGCAUUUUA